AUGGAACAACAACAAAAUCAAACAGAAUCAGUUAAUAAUAAUUCAACAAAAGUUUGUGAAACAUUUCUCCAAAACUUACCAACUGAUGUAAAAGAAAGAAAGCAAUACAUUUGCCAAGUUAAGAAAGCUCUCAAAGAAGAAAAAAGAAAAUUAAAACAAACUAAAUAUGAAAAGUAUGGGAAACAAUGCAAACGUGAUAAACACGACAAACAUGACAAACAUGACAAACAUGACAAACAUGACAAACAUGACAAGCAUGACAAACAUGAAGGUUAUUUCCACGGCCACCGUUAUCACCAUGGAGGUCAUCCAGAGUGUCCAUCAGUAGGUUAUCCAGUUCACCAUGGUUACCAAGGUUUCCCAGGUCACCAUUUCGGCGGUCAUCAUGGUCAUCACUUUGGUGGUGGUCAUCAUAGCUAUCCAGGUCAUCAUUUCGGUGGUGGUCAUCAUGGUCAUCACUUUGGUGGUGGUCACCAUGGUCACCAUUUCGGUGGUCAUCAUGGUCAUCAUGAUGCAAUGAAUGAUUGGAGUGUACAAAGUAAAAUCAAUCAUUUAAUUAGUAAGAAACAAGUUCUUAUUGCUAAAACUCAAUUAAUUGAAUCUAAAAUUGCUGCUUUAACUGAAAUAAAUCAAACUACAACUACAACUACCACUGCUACUGCUGCACCAUCAACUCCAACUCCAACUCCAACAACACCUCAACAACCAAUUGACUCUGUUAUCGGAAGUUUUAGUCAAAUUACAAGUUUUGUUAAACAUAAAUGA